ACAGACUCGGUGGUCAAGUGUUUAAAAGUCGAUGUGAAGAACUUGCCGGUUUACAAAUGACAACUAAUUUAAAAGCAGAAGUAGAACGACUAAGAGAAGAGCUACACUGUCUGAAAGAGGAAUUAACAAAUGACAACAAAGAAAAUCAGAAAAAGAAACGUUACGUGGAGACGUGUGCUAUGGUGGAAGCAUUGGAAAAAGAAAAUACAUUCAUUCCGACUCACACAUUGGAUGUCGGUUUAGAAUUGCUGAAAACGAGAGGAGUCGUCCUGAUAACUGGUAUGGCCGGGAUUGGUAAAACGAGAAAUUGUUUUGAACUGAUGAAUAUGUUUUGCUCUGAAAUAGAACCUAAAUAUCAAAUGAUUAAAUUAGAGAAUCUCAGUGAAUGGGAUGAAUUUAUCGAUUGUAAUAAAAACUCCAUUGUUUUCAUUGACGAUUUAUUUGGAAAGACAAACACCAAUUAUGACAAAGAAAUCCAUGAAAAAAUCCUGAACCAAGUUAAUGCGUUUGUCCAAAAAGGUAACAUUAAAGUUAUUAUGUCUUCAAGAGACACAGUGAAACGAGAGUGUCAAAAAGUUAUUGCGAGUCAUCCACUUUUCCAACGUUGUGUAAUUGACCUUAAUACUGAUCCGUUCCAAAUGAGUGUAGAACAGAAACGUACGCUCUUGAUCACUUAUAUGAGAACAAAUGAUGACUUCAAAUAUACAAAUGAAGGAUUUGCAGAUACAACUGGUGCCAUCAUUUUGAAUAACAUUGAUAUCCAUAAUAUUGCUUCGUCUAAUUUUGUAAUCGGGUUCCCACAAGCGGUUCUAAUGUUUGUUCAUGAAAAAAAGUAUAUUAGUCUAGGUACCGCAUUCUUCAGCAGACCUGACGAACACACCCUAGAAGAAAUAAAUGACAUAAGAAGACGGGGACAUCUGAAUAACAAGUUUAAAAUUCAAUACAGCUUGUUAGUUCUCACAGUUUUAAAUGAUAACUGUUUUGAUACUUCCCCUGCCGAUGCCAUCAUAAAAGUCAAUGACAUAAUUGAUACAAUAUAUGGAGACACUAUUAAGAUUACAAAACUUGAUUUAAUUGAUUCCAUUCAUACUUUACAAGGCAAAUUUUUCCUAAAGCAUCAACAUAUUGCCAUGUUUGAACAUCAAUUACUUUUUGAAAGUGUUUUAGUAUCCUUUGGACAAAUAGACAUGAGCAAAAUUAUACCAGUUGCGAGUUUUGAAUUUAUAUGCGAGAUGAUAAGAACAAUAGAAUACAAAUCGAAAGAAGGCGAGGUAGUUUUGCUUGUAAUUGAAGAAUGUACUUACCUUCUAGGCAAAAGAAUUUCAUAUCUUAUUCAUAGAGAGCAUAAACAUGAAAAAGCAGCUCAAUUGAUACAGAGACUCGUGCAUUCUGUAUUGAUUAAAUCGAAGAACGAGUUGCUCAUUGAUUCCAUACUACAAUCAUUCGUAAAUGAAAAAAAUGAGUGUUUUUCCGAACGUGGAAUGUAUUCUUUGGUCAGUUUUGAUGACACGACUUCAAGAUUAAAUAAACGUUUUUCUAAAUCGGCGUUUCUACCUGCCGAGUUUCUUUUAUAUUUUGCGAGAAAACGGGGAGACGAAAUACUGUUUGACAUUGCUUUGAAAUAUAUAACUUUAAUUUUAGAAGGAGAUUUUGAUAUUGAUAAAAAGACAUUAUGUAAAACAAUAUUAACCAAGUCUAUAUAUCUUCUGUGUGCAUUUGGAAAAGCAGAUAUGGUUGAAAAAACUAUCAAAGUUGCUUGCAAGUAUUGUAUUCCUAUUUCGCACGAUGAUUUGAUUGCUUACCAUCAAUUUGGCGGAGAAGUCAUCAGUAUGCAUGAAUGCAUUGAGAGAGCGUUUUUGUUUUCAAAUCUAUCGGUUUUGCAGAGGCUGUUGUCAAGAUAUACGCUUCCUACUUUCAACAUAAAUGAACUUGUAGAAUCAAUGAUUACCAGAAAGACUUAUCCUCAACCACCACUUGAAUCCCUUAAAUGGCUCACAACAAGUCAGCACUUAGACAAAAAAAUUGUCUUAAAAUUAAGUAUAAGGAACAACUUUGAAUAUAUUGCAGACUUUUUCUGGGAUAAAUCAGUAAUGCUUCAGUCUGAGCUAUCAAACUUAUUUAUAGAAUGCUGCAAAAAUAGAAUAUAUAAUAUGAUUCCCUGGAUGAUUAGGAGGGUCGAGGUCAAUAGACACGAUGCAGCAUGUGCAAUACGUUAUUUGCUAGGAGAAGAUAGAUUUCCUUUCCUAGAUGAUUCCUAUCAAAAGCAAAUUGUCAAGAUCAUGAAGAUAUUCUUUCAUGAGUUUGAUCUUUCCAAGGUAGACAUUAAAUCAACAAUUAAAUUAGCAAGCAAAAACGGGUUUUUCGAAGUAGUUAUUCUGUAUUUUGAAAAAUGGAGUCCGUGUAGUUUUGAUUUGCCUGCAAUUUUCAACGAAGCAUGCGAAUACUGUAAUAUGAACAUGGUACAAUGGAUGUUAGAUUUUGUACAGCAUAGUUGCUUAAACUUCACUACUGCAUUUUUGAAAGCAUGUGGUGGUAACAAUGGAUUUAGUCGUUUCAGUUAUAUAUCCAUUGUGGAAUAUAAUCAUAAUAAUGAUGAAAAGGAAGAUAAAAAACGAUUGAAAUUGGUCAUUAAACUUUGGAAUUGUGUUGAUGACAAAACAAUUUUUAAUGCUGAAAAUGCAAUUGAGAAAGCAUGCAUUGUAAAACGAUUUCAUAUCCUACAAUGGUUGCUUGAACAUAUGAAACCAGAACACGGUAGUAUAAGUCAAGUGCUACAAAUUUGUUGUGAAAAUGGACAGCUAGAACUUAUAGAGUGGAUUCGUUCUAAUAUUAAAACUUCUGUUAAUGAUUAUAAAUCGUGCCUAAAAUGGUUGUCAUCAUUCAGAACAAAUUCAACAAUCGAAAUUGUGUCGGCGGAAGGGAAAAAUAGGGCAACAAAUGACAAUUUAACUGAAGUAACGUCCGAAAAUACAUUCCAAACAAAACAAAUCAAACUGGUCUCAUUUAUAUUACAAAAUCAAAAUCACGAGUCUUUAUGCAUAGCUGAAUCUAUACAGAAUGCUAUUGAGAAUGACAACAAAUGCAUCAUAAAACUGCUGCUUGAAAAAUGUGAUCAUAGACAUUUUAAUAUGCAGAAAGUUGUGGAAGGGCUAUGUCGUUUAGCACAUACUGAUAUUGUCAAAAGUAUUUUAGAUAAAGGCAGUUAUAAAACCCUGAAUAUGAAUUUGGCAAUGAUUAUGACGUGUGUCGGUGACUUCAGAAACAUAAAUAACAAACAUCAACGAAUUGGUCUGAUUGCUUAUCUGUGGAAUCACUUUGAUCAAAAGUUGUAUGAUUUGAAUAAGGUUAUAGAUGCAGCACUUCAACAUCAAUCAUUUUAUAUAAUUGAAUGGAUUUUAGACAAUAUUGACCAAGAUCUAUAUGACAUUAAUCAAAUUAUGUUAAUUAGUUGUCGCUCAGCUUACAUCGAUCUUGUUAAAUAUCUAUUCAAUGAAUUUGAAUUGUCGGACUUUGAUAUGACAACUGCAUUGAUAGAGGCAUGCAAUCCAUAUCCUCUGUACCAUGGAAUUAUUCAACAUGCACAUUCUACAAAUCGAGUUGAAGUCGUUGAUUUAAUUCUUUUUCACUGUGGUAAGGAUUCCUUUGAUUUGCAAAAAGUUCUGAAUACUGCUCAUAAACAAAAAGCCUAUGACAUUGUUUCUUUUUUCUUAGAAAACAAUGUGUCUAAAGAAGUAAACAUUAAGAUAUUAAUGCUUGACGCUUGCAAAGAUGGAUAUAUCCGAUUGGUGAUUUGGUUAUUGCAAAACUAUACCGCAAGGGAACUUGAAAUACAAAAUGCCUUUUUCGGUGCUUGUGUUGGGAGGAAAUUUAACAGUUUCCAAACGUAUUACGAUAGAUUAGUCUGUCUCCGUUACCUUUGGGACAAUAUCGAUCAUAGUUUAUUUGACACUAAAACUGCACAUAAGCAAGCACAGCAAACAAAUAAUGAAAAAGUAAGUGCCUGGUUACUCACUCUUGAGUAAACAAAAACUUGAAUUUGAUUUCUGAAUAACAUGUAUUAGUGAAAAAUUGGGAAGAAAUUUACUGAGCUUAAUUAACCUUCAUGAUAAAAGAAAUUCUGACAUUGAGAAAAAUUUUGGAAACACUAAUUCUGA